AUGUCCCUCGGUCGUCCAGCGACCAAGGUCGCGCCGCCGCAGAAGGUCAUCAGGGCGCUCGAGUCGCAUCGGUCGACGAACCCUCAAGAGCUCAGCUAUCAGAAGGGGGACUUCUGGUAUGUGACCAGCGAGAGAGAUGGGUGGUAUGAGGCAUUGAAUCCUUUGACCGGGUCAAGAGGUCUUGUCCCCCGGCAGGACUUUGAGGAGUUCAACAAGGGUGGAAUCAACAAGAGUAGCACAAGACCACCAAGUCAGGAAGCUAGCCGUUCAAAUACACCAAAUACGGGCCCAGCCCAUCUGUCUAUGUCGAGCAAUUCAAGAUCACCGCCUACGCAGACGGUAUCGCCUGCCGAUCCUGUCAAGCGUCAACCACUAUAUGCGAUUGUGCAAUAUGACUUUGCCGCAGAGCGACCAGACGAGCUGGAUGCGAAGGCAGGCGAGCCUAUCGUUAUCAUCGCGCAGAGCAAUCAUGAAUGGUUUGUCGCUAAGCCCAUUGGCAAACUCGGCGGUCCCGGUCUCAUUCCCGUCGCGUUCGUUCAAAUACGAGACACCGUCACUGGCAAGCCCGUCGACAGAAUACCAGACUCCAUACCUCUCGUCGAGGAGUGGAAGAAGCAAACAGCCGACUACAACGCGGCCAAGAUUCCUCUCGGACGCUUCGACUUUGCAGGCAGCAACUCUAGCGUCACGGACUCGCCCUACGCCCAAUCGUCCAGUUCAGGCGGGCGGAAUAGCCAGCAGAUGCCGCGCAGCGGAUCGCAGUCGUCGCUGUCGAUCCCGCAGUUGAAGGGGAAGAAUGGCAGCAGGGGCAGUCAAGGAGCGGUCAGGAGUCCUCUCUAUCGUCCCGAGGUGGACCCACACCUACCUCCAGGCCGGCUGACGAGCCUAUCGGUCCCCUCCUUCCACAACGAAUCCGGCAACUACUGGUUUCGACUGCAGGUCACCUUCCUCCCCGACGAUCCAUCUGGACCCGGCUAUACCCUCACGCUCUAUCGCACGUACGAGGACUUUUACGAAUUCCAGAUCACCCUGCUGGAUACGUUCCCGUACGAGGCGGGUCGGCAAUCCGCGGAUCGGCCAGACUCGUCACCGCCAGAACGUAUACUGCCGUACAUGCCGGGACCGGUCGAGGAGGAGAUUGACCACGAGUUGACCGAGUAUCGGAGGGAGGAGCUGGAUGCAUACGUCCAGGCUCUGAUUGACUUGGGCGAUAGGGGAAGAGAUGAUCUUUUGCGGCAUGAGCUGUUCAGGGCCUUCUUUGCGGCCAAAUACGGGGACUACUGCGAGGAGGUGGCGAGGACGGAUGGCGGUGCCGGUGGGGCGGAAGGGGUCGAGGAGCUGGAUGAGCGGAUGGGCGGGAUGAAUUUGAGGGAGAAUGAGGGAUACGGAGCCAACGGACACGCGAGGGGACCAUCGCCGUCUCAAUCCCGUGUUGACUCGGGAUCGAGCUACGAUCGUCGAUCGGGCGGACCGUCGCAACCGCAGCCUGGACCGAGCCGGAGUGGCUCGUCCAGAAACCCUUCGCCUCUCCCGCCGAUCGACACAAGUCGGCCCUCCUCCUCCGGCUCGCAAGCCUACCCUGCCUCGGCGCACGUUCGCCAACCCUCCUCAUCGGCCCACUCACACGGGCACCAUUCACAACAGCAACACUCCGCCACCCCCUUCUCUGCCGGUCCCUCCACCGGCGCAUCCUCCUCCUUCUCUGGUCCCGCCGGCCGCGCAAGCGGAGGUGCCAACCCACCACCAUAUAUCAAAAUCAAGAUAUAUGAUCGGUCGACGGACGACCUUAUCGCCAUCCGCGUCCAUCCGGACGUCAACUAUACGGAGCUGUUUGACAAGGUGCGAGCGAGGUUGGGGAAUGAGAUCACGGUGCUGCGGUACAGGACGGGUAUGGGGAGUGGGGUCAAUCCGGCCAAUGGGGGCGGGUAUGAGGAGCUGAGGGAUGACGACGAGUUGAGAUGGUGGUUGAGCAAGGAAGAUCAGAAGAUGGUACUUUACGCGGAACAAUAG